AUGGCUGCUGCUGCGAAUAUCACAAAAUUAGGAGCUGUUGAAGAGAUGGCCACAGCAGCCUCAACAGACACAUCUCCCGCCCCUGCUGCUGUUCCUCCAGGCGACCCGAGAAGAAGAAGCAGCAGCGGCGACAGCAAUAGCGGCAGCAGCAGCGGCAGCAGCAGCACCAACGGCAGCAACGGUGGCAGUGGAGACGGGAGCAGCAGUGGCAGCAGCAGUGUAAGGAGCAGCAGCAACACGAACUACGGCGUAGCGCUGGGCGCCGUAGGUGCUGCAUUAACCGUCACGCUGCUGCAGUAUCUGCCGCGUUUGUUUUCUUAUGAAGGCCGUGCUGCUUUUCGUGCUGCGCUGGUUGAUGUGGGGGGCAGUGACUGGCUUGUGGUCUCCUGCUGCACCCUAUUCUGCUGCGGGUGUAUAGGCAGCAUUCUUUACAAUGCCCGCCUUGCUCACAACUGGAGGCUCGAGAGGUUCAUCGUUGCUCUCGUAAACCAGCAGCGGAGGCAGCAGCAGUUGCUUCUGCAACAGCUGCAAAAGGAGGGGCAUGAACAGCACCCGGGUCCGUCAGAGGAAGCCAGCGAUCCGAAGAAGCAGCACGAAGAUUGCAACGAAGAGAAGUGCUGCUGCGACGAAAGGGAAGAACAAGCAAAAAUCGGGGUUCUGUUUGUUACAGCACACCCUGAUGACGAGUGCAUGUUCUUUGCCCCUAGUUUGUCCCUUUUUGCGUCAAAGAAGGAAAGAUUCGAAGUCUUCUUGCUUUGCCUUUCUACUGGGGACUACGCUGGACUGGGUACAACACGCAAGGCGGAGCUGUUUGCUGCAGCAGCUGCCUUCGGCAUCCUCAAGGAGAACGUCUGCUGUGUUGACGAGGGAGAUAUGAAGGACGGCUGGAAUAAGUGGAGCAGCAAGUCGAUAUUCACCUUCGAUUGCCGUGGGGUGUCGAGCCAUCCAAACCACGUCAGCGUUUAUGAGGGACUCAAGCUGUUGAACGCAGGCGUUAUUGAAACAUGCAGACUUAAAAAUGAGCAACAACAGAAGAUGCGAAUGGGGGAGCUUGGAUUGCUCACCGAUGCUGGGGAGCGACCAGACGAAGACCCGCUGCAGGUGACAGAUGGCGAGCAGCAGCAGGAGCUGCGUAUGUUGCCUUCAGUAUUCAUCUUCUCCCUACAAACACACGGCCUGCUCCGCAAAUACUGCGGCGUUCUCAACCUUAUACCCGCCACUGUGGAAGCCAACAACAAAGGCGUGUGCGUGGCUGUCGCUGUUGCUGCUGCUAGUACUGCUGUAGUUGCUGUUCAUAUUGCUGCUCAUCCACAGUCUUGCUUCGUCGUUAUUCCUUUUGAGAUGGCUGCUGCAACUGCCCUUCAUCCCGGUGGGGUUGAUUAA